AUGGAAAAUAUACGAAAUUGUUGGCGAGAAGAAGAAGUAAACGAGAAAUACCAAGUUAUCAAAAAAUUCGCGUACACACUAUUACUUAUCAUUUUUGUGGUAGUUGCAUUCAAUCUACUAUGUGGAAGAAAUCAUGAUCUGCUGCUUUCAUAUAUUCCCUUCGAUUUAUUGCAUAUAAUUGAAUGCACAGCAAUUUGAUAUGGGGAAAAUAAAACUGUUGCUGCCAAGUCAUCAAUUAUUAUACUGUCAUCAGAAUUGAACUCCACUAUGUGGUUCCUAAUGGGCGCUUUUAUUUCAAAGGAAACAAAUUAUUUUAUGUGUUCUCUCUUUUGCCUCAAUAAACUUCUUUGAGUGGCCAAUUAUUGAAUCUUUUUGAAUAAGGAGUUUUAUCCUACUAAAGCACUUUUGUUAUUCCUACUACAUCGAGUAUUUUACAGCAGGCUUAGAUAUCCUAUCAAUUGAAGCGGGGCUUUCACAAAUGAUUCUGGUUUUAAUUUUUUUAUUGUGCGAACCUACUGGCGACAAACAAGAGAAAAGUCAUUUGGGAAGUUUUCAUACAGCAAAACUAUAGAAAAAGCUGAAAAAAGAUUAAGUUUAAUUUUUGAGCUAUUUCCUGAUGGAAUUUUGAUAAUUUCUAGUGACCAUAAAAUUUUAUUUUCAAAUGAAAAUCUUAUCAAACUUUUAAAUUGCAGCCUGCAAGAAGUUAUUCCUUUAAUAAAUUCAAUUGAAUAUAAUGAAGGCAAAACAUACUCUCAGUGAAAUGUUUCAAAUAAGCUCAUAGAUGAUGUUAGCUUAAUUCAAAAUUUGCAACUUAAUGAUGAAAUUUUGCUUGGUAUAUGCCAAAUUGGCCAGUGCAAUCUUGAAUGAAAAGGGCAAAAGAUAUCAUGAGACGAUGAAGAUGCUAUCUUAUUAACUGUUAGAAACGUCAAUAAUUUAAUCCAAUUGGAGCGAACGAUAUCUGAUAGUAAAUUAAAAAAUGUGAUAUUAAGAUCGGUUUCACAUGAACUCAGGACUCAAUAA